AUGCCUAAAACAUUUCUUCUCUAUAUGCCGAAUACUGAAGCUAUCUGCAAACAGAUUUCACAUGUUAAACAUAAAGAUUUACUUUCUCAGCUGCAAUUAUUAAAGGAUUUUGAUGUGCUGGCUUUGUUAUAUACAACUGUUCAGGAAGAAAGGUUUUUUGUCAAAGAAAUUGAGUUUGAUAAUAAAAAUAUAAUAAUUUUUUAUACAACAAACAACCUUCAAUAUUUAGAAGAAGCCAG